AAAGAGAGCAGCAGAGAGAGAGAGAGAGAGAGAGAUGAAAGUAAAAGACAGCUAGCAAUGAAGGUUGAGGCUCACCUACCAUUUUCCUUUGCCUUUCCCCUCUCUCUCUCUAGUGUGCACAAUUCCAUUCUCCUUUUUAGCCCUCUCUUCUCUUCUCUCUCCCCCUCCUUCCCAUAGCUCAAACCCUCCCCAACACCCAAAAACAAACAUCAAACACCCUCCAAAACCCUUCUUCUUCAGUUUCCACUCUUCUUCAGUCUUCACUACCUCUACUCCUCUAAGGUACUGUUCACCCUUCUCCCCUGCUCCUGUUUCUGUUCCUUUUCCCUACUCUGUUCUGCAACUUGGUUUUUUUCUUUGGGUCUCAAUUUGAUAUAAUUGGAGGGAAAUUGUGCACCUUGGGUUGCGUGAAUUCCCCUGUUUCCCCAACUCCCACCCCCAAAGCUCUCAUCUUUGCUGGGGCAGGGGAACUUCCUGUUUCCACUUCCUUUCAAUUUUCCUGUUUGUGGUUUCUCUGCAUGUUGUGCAACUCGAACCUUUUCAGGUGCAUUUCCCUCUGCAUUUCGUUUUAACCAACUGCACAAAAAGAGUCCACUGUGCCCUCUGCUCUGUUUCUUAUCCUUAUCCCUCCCCACUGAAUUAAUUUGGCAGUGUCGGCACGCCGACGAGGAAACCCAUGAGUUUCUCUCUUCAUUUUUACCAUUUAAUUAAUAAUAGUGCCCUAAGGAAGUGUUUCUUUCCCGUGAAACCGAAACCAAUUUGGACGCACCCCCUCUCUUUCUCCGCCCUCUUCUUUCCGUUUCAGGAGCAGAGAAAUUUGAAGUUUGAACGCAACCACCAACCCUCAUUCCAUUCAGAAUCUUUCAACUAAACAGUCACCCAUUCGCAAUUCCCACCGAGCUUUCAAGGUUUUACAGUACCAGAGUGACUGAAGCAGCAAAUAAAGAAAAAGCGACGACCUUUCGUUGAACAAUGGUUGGACCGACACCGUCAUCUCUGAAUUUCAUGGACGAGCUCGACUGCGGCAGCUUCUUCGACCAAAUCGACGACCUCAUCGACUUCCCCGCCGACGACAUCGACGCCGUCUUCACCUCCUGUCCCGACGACAACGACGGCAGACCCAUCUCCGCCGCAACGACCGACGUCGACGAGCCAUUCCCGCCGCCCAGCGUUUGGGCCGCCCAUCCGGGUUCGGCUUCCGACCUCUCCGCUGAGCUGUCCGUUCCGUACGAGGACAUUGUGCAGCUGGAAUGGCUAUCCACCUUUGUGGAGGAUUCCUUCUCCGGAGGAAGCCUGACCAUGAACAAGAACGAGUGUUCGCUUCUCGACAAGGAUUUUUCCACGUCGUCAGCAUCGACGACAUUGUCCCAACAACAGCAGUUCGAGAUGUCGAGCCCUGUGUCGGUUCUCGAGAGCAGCAGCUCGUGCUCGGGGGAGCAGAAGCAGGCUGCGCCACCUCUUAGCCCGGAGGCGAAUGUGGGUGGGGGUGGGAGGUGUGGGCGUGCUCGUAGCAAGCGUCCGCGUCCAGCUACCUUCACUCCUAGGCCGGCAAUGCAGCAGCUCAUCGUCUCCCCUACCUCAUCAGUCACCGAGACAACAACCCCUAUGUGCCCUGUCAAUCCACUCAAGCUGGCUCAUGAUUCGGACAGCCAUGCUGAGUCGCGGCUGCUCAUCAAGAUCCCCAAGCACCUCAUCAAAUCCGAGCACAAGAACAAGAAGAAGAAGCAGAAGAAGGCUGAGGCUGCUGCUGUUCCUCCUCCUCCUCCUCCGGCCUUGGGUCUGGAAGAGCAGAACAACGAGUCCGGGCCACAGCAGCAGCAGCAGCAGCAGGGGGUGAGGAAAUGCAUGCAUUGCGAGGUGACCAAGACGCCACAAUGGAGGGCAGGGCCGAUGGGACCAAAGACCCUAUGCAAUGCUUGUGGCGUGAGGUUCAAGUCGGGCAGGCUUUUCCCCGAGUACCGGCCAGCUGCCAGCCCGACCUUUGUUCCAGCCUUGCACUCCAACUCCCACAAGAAGGUGGUCGAGAUGAGAACCAAGACUCCGGUCGAAAUGUUUGGCAUGGCUGCAGGAGAUACUUCCAUGGUUCCUGACUCGCCCGAGGUGCUGAUUCCGAAUCACAGCAACCCUGCCAUGGAUUACAUGUGAGAGGCAGAGAGGAUCGAUCCUCGGGUUUUAGUAGUGUCUUCGAUCAGUCAGGUUGCAGUAAGGGGAAGUUCAUUGCUUUGUUCAUUGGUUCUUUGUACAGUGGAUGGAAUGUGGGGAAGAUAGGAAGAGAGAGCAUAGAUGACCAAAUAUUUGUAGGUAAGUAGGGAGGACAGUAAAAGAGGCAGAGGAGGGCCCAAAAAAGAGAAGGGUAGUGAGAGACAGAGAUCAGAUCACAUUAUUGUAGGUUUCUCUUAUAAGUUAGGUCCUUAAUUAAGGUUAUAUCUUAGGUGUUGAGAAGAAGAAGAUGAUCAGCAGGGGGACUAUGUUUUGCUUUUCUUUCAUCAUUUUUUUUUUUGUGCUUACUUGGAGUCGAUUCUUUUUGUAGUUCAGUUUGGUAGCUGGAUAUUUCCGAGCUCUCAGUCUCAGUAAUGGGUUUUGGAGAAGUUUUCUCUGUUUUCUGUAAUCAAAUGAUGGCUGAUCUUCUUCAUCCCAUUUCUCUUGUCUUCCAUAUUCAAU